CAGAGGGCGCUAUAAGAGUUUCUAAUUAAUGGGAAGUGCAGAAAGGAUCGUGUCCUUGAAAGUUUAUAAAUAUAUUUCUUUAAAAAUUAAAAUUAUACAUUUCAUAUAUAUGUAAAAGCGAAAUAUAGUUAUGUCUGUUGAACAAACAACAUGUGAGGAUCUAAAAGCAUUUGAAAGAAGACUUACUGAAGUAAUUGGUUAUCUACAGCCUCAGGCAAAAAGAUGGAGAAUUGUUCUUGCUGUAUGUGCAUCCUUCACUUUGAUUGGAGCGGGAUUAUGGUUAAUGGAUCCUCACACUUCUCAAGUCGGCUUGCUAGAGUCUUUACUGAAUCACUUGUUUUUUACCAUCAGUAGCAUCAUAUUGAUCAUACUUUUUCUAAUGGGCAUUCAUAAAAGAGUAGUGGCUCCAUCAAUAAUUGUUUCAAGAGUGAGGCAAGUUUUGGGAGAUUUCAACAUGUCUUGUGAUGAUAAUGGAAGACUGAUUCUGAAACCAAGACCAACAACAUCCUGACGACAAGUGUAAGGAAGCCUACCUUCAUUUCAAAAUGAAUAUUUUUAUAAAUUAAAAUGCAUAAAUUGGAGGCUUCCUUGCAUAAAACAUAUACAUAUAUAUAAAUAAAAAUAUUGUAAUUCUUUUAAGCAAAAU